AUGGCUUCAUUAAUUCAAUUAGAUGAAUUAUCGACAACACAAACUGAGCGUUGUACAGAUUGUGACAGCGAUAAGAAGAUAGAAUCAAAACAAGAUUCUCAAGUGCAACGGCAACGAUCAAUGAAACGUUGUAUUGAAUCAUUAUCACAUGCUGUGCAGUGUAAACAGACUAAUUGCAUAAAUCGGUCUUGUUUUCGUUAUAAACGUGUUAUACAACAUACGAAACAUUGUAAAGGAAAGAAUAGUCAAUGUAAUGUAUGUAAACAAAUGAUAUUUCUUUGUUGGUAUCAUGCCAAACAUUGUAUGAAAGGAAAUUGUCAGGUACCAUUUUGUACAAGUUUAAAAAUUAAAAUACAAAAACAACGAGAAAUGCAUUCACAAAAAGAUAAAUCGUCUAUGGAAGCGAUGAUACCAUUAGAAUCUGAUGAAGAUGAUGACAUGAAAUAA